ACCAAUAAUUGAUCAUUCUCCUAAGACACUCUGUACUCAAGCUGGCAACACUGUCUCCUUCCUUCCACUUCCCUUUUCUUCUCUGAUUCUUCCCCCAUUUUCGCUUCAUCCCACAUUUAAUUUCCUUAAACCCUAACCCUAAAUUUCCUCAUUGUAUUGUAAAUACCCUUAAAAAAUCCCCCAAUCUCCAUGCUCUAACACAAAAUUCCUCUACAAAAAAGAAGAAAAAAAGAACGAAGAAAUUAUGAUUCCUUUAAUUCCUACCAUAUUUCUUCACUUUAUUUUAAUCGUCACGGUUGCCAACGGCGAGCAGGAUUCAAUUUACGAGAUCCUAAAGGCACAUGGGUUGCCCAUGGGGCUGCUUCCGAAGGGGAUAACCCGAUUUGACUUCGACGAUGGGGGCCGGUUUGAGGUCCAUUUGGAUCAGGCUUGUAAUGCCAAGUUUGAAAGUGAGUUGCAUUAUGAUAGGAACGUGUCGGGGACUUUGAGUUACGGGCAGAUCGGGGCUUUGUCGGGGAUUUCGGCUCAAGAAUUGUUUCUUUGGUUCCCUGUUAAAGGGAUUCGGGUCGAUAUUCCGAGCUCGGGUCUUAUUUAUUUUGACGUCGGUGUCGUUUUUAAGCAAUUUUCGUUGUCGUUGUUCGAAACGCCGAGGGAUUGUUUGGCGGUUCGAGAUUUAGAAUUGGUUAAUUCGAUCCGAGAUGGCAAAUUUUUGGCUGAAGCAAUUGCCAAGAGUCAAUCUGCGAAACUUCGAUAUGAACUUGAUCAAGAAAAUUUUGGGAGGAACGAUAUGUAGAAAGGUGGACAAAAGAGGUUGUGCAAUAGCUCAAUCAGUUUAGCUAUCAAGCGUUUUCUUAGGGCCCCAUGUCCCUCCACGUUGUAAAUUUUCGUCGGAGAGUCUGCUCUAGGAGGUCGUUACGCUUCCAUCCUGUGUGCUUUGCUUGCGUUUUUUUCUUUAUUCUAUAUGGUGCAGAGUCGUCGACAUGCCAAGUCCAGCUGGCUCCUUUCUAUGCGAGGAUGGCCGAUGAGGAGAAAAUGAAAGAUUGGAAUGCUAUAUUUUCGAUGAUCUUCAUGGUUGGUUUACCCUAUGGAAGAUAAAAUGAUGAUGGGAGCAUUUAGUCGGCGAUUUCAGGUGAUAAAAUCUACGAAAUUUUAUUCAUAUGUUAAAAUUUUCAUUGUAUUAUGAAUAUAAGCACGGUUGUUAAAUUGAGUCACUUUUUGUUGUAGUCAAAGAUUCUAGAUUGAGGAGACAAGAACAAGUUCAAGAAUCAAUUAUGAUAUAAAGUUCAAUAAUAAAACUUUCUUGCUUCAUUUCCAUUAUUUAUUGUUUGGUUAACAUUUUAAAGGCCAUGGUAUGCUUGAAUAUUGUGUUUCAGCUGUUUUGUUGAUUAUUUCUAAUAUUUAGUUUCCCCCUGUUCUGUAUCAGUUAUGUGUAAUCUAUAUCAUGUCACUGAUGAGUGAAAUGGAGGGAACUAUUGGUGGGCGUACUGAGGACAUUGUUAUUUUAUUGUCUUUUUUUUUUCCCCUUUUCCUUUUCUUUAAAGGGACUUACAUUGUUAUGCUUAGGUAAAAACCUCGGUAGAAUCUGUUUUCAUUGUCAAGAGUCUGAACAGGGGUUUGUGACUUUGUGUAGGGAUGGUCAUGGGAAUAUAUUUCUCCCAAGGAUUUUGAGCUAGCACUCUCUUCUCCAAAAAAAAGAUUGAGUGUACAUUUUUUCCUUUUAUCUUCUUUGGCUUUGGGUUGGGAUGUUAAAGCUUUUGCAAAAUUAGUGUUAACUCUUGGGGGCUGUAAUGCCAUGUGCUUAUUUUCUGGGCAUGCAAUGAAGUAGUGAGAAGCUUUUUGAAAUAGCUUAUUUUCGUAUUUAAGUUAAUGGAUUUUGGAUCAGUUAAUAUCCAAAAUCAGAGAAUCACUGCAUAUGUGGUAUACUUCAGUACACAUUUCUGCAUCAUGGAGUUUGGUUAGAUUUUCUAUAUCUGUUAAAUGUAUAAUCUGUCCCUUCUUCAUCCUUAAUUAUCCAUCCCCCCCCCCCUCCCCCAUGUAAAAGCAUGUAGAUUGUCAUAUGAGAUAGUAGAUGCAUACCAAUCUUGUAAGCAAUCAUAUCUUCACCUUGAACAACUUGGUAGUGCAAUAUCGAAUAAGAAAUUAGAUGUGCCUAAGCUAUAAGCACUCAAGCUUGGGAUGUUUCAUCUGAGA